AUGCUUUUUGUGUAUCAACCUAAUAAUGGACAAUUGGUCGUUUUCAUUUGGUCGUUGCUUACUUUGGUGAUCGAUUCUACUCAUUCCGAUCAAAUAAGUCAAUCUUACAUUGUGUACUAUCCUAAUGGCACUCAAUAUUCUCCUGUCAAUCCAGCAGCACAGCUGCUUUCGACAACAACAAGGAACUCAUUGAAGUUAUGUGCUGCCGCAUGUAAUCAAAAUCGAUUGUGUCGCAUUUUUGAUUAUGAUGCAUCUGCAUUGGACCAAUGUCGAUUAUUCGAAGGUGAUAUAGAUACAGUGGGUAGUAUUAUUGCAGUACCAUCUCAAUCAAGAGUUGGUGUCGUCAAAAUCUUUGCAGGUGUAUUUUCACAGCAUGGUCUUUCAUGUCAAACUAGCUGCUACGAAACUCGUUAUCUUACAUGCUCAACGAAUUCCACAUGUGAAUGUGUUCCACACACUUAUUGGAAUACAUCAACAUCCAUAUGUGCACCACAAUUACUUGUAGGCGGUGCAUCUUGUCAACAAGACAGAAGCAUGUGUCGAGAAGAUUUUGGUUACACUUGUUUACCAUCCAAUCAGUGUGGAUAUGCGACGAUUGGAAGUUCUACAUUGACUGUCACCUUGCAACCGAAUGCAAGUGUUCUAUACAACACAGCAGGUCUAUCUGAUGGUUGCACUUCGAUUGGAACGAGUUCAUCAACGACUGCAUCAACUCAAGUGACAACCGAAGUUGUGACAUCUGAUAUAACAAGUGAUCAAACUGAUCAAUUACCGAUCGACGUUACAAUUGCUGGUUAUGACAAUAUGACAGCUGGUGAUGAUGCUAUGGGAUUAAAUGCACCACGCGGUAUAUUUGUUUCAUCGAUCAAUCAAACUUUUUAUCCGUCUGGGAACUACUGUAGCCGGUGGUCUCGGCUAUGCACAACGAAACNUGUAUGGGUGUCUCCGAAGAACGGUGACAUGUACAUUGCUGACACGAAUAACAAUCGAAUUCAGCGAUGGAAAAUGAAUGAUACACAAGCAACUACAGUUGCUGGGACAGGAACAGCAGGAUCGCUUCCUACUAUGCUCCGUUCACCCGUUGGAGUAGCACUCAACGCUAACGAAACGUUUCUUUACGUUAGCGAUCAAGGUAAUAAUCGAGUUCAGCGCUUCGAGCUGGAAGGUUAA